CCAAUUGGGAACCUUUAUGAUCUACCCACCACUCUCGGAGUCGCGUCCGACACUGUGGCCGUUGGCAGCUGGACUCCCCUGCUCGCCGCAGCUCGCUACGGCCACCACGACGCUGUGUGGUACCUCCUGGACCUGGCAGGACAGAGCGCGGAUGAGACCACUGCUCCAGCGGGCGAGUGGACUCCGCUCCAGCUGGCUGCUCUCGGGGACAGCGUCGCCACUGUGGACCUCCUGGAGGCGCGCGCGGACGCCGAGGACUGCUGGGAGGCGCUGGACUGGGCCGCGUGGGCCGGGCGGGCGGCCGCCUUCCGCGUCCUCCUGGACAAGCUGAGGGCGCGUCGCCCCGAGGACUGGCUCGAUCGCGUGAGCUCCGUCGUGCAGAGUGCCGCCGUGGGAGGCGACCGAGGCAUCGUGGAGCAGCUCCUGGACGAGAUCGCUGGGAGGCCGCUGGACACUCCCAGAGGACGGAUGCUCCUCGCCGUCGCCGCCCGAGCGGGACAUCUAGACGUGGUCCGCUGCUUCCUCGAGCGGGGCGCCGACCCCCUUCACCGCGACGACCGCUCUUGGUCCGCACUCCACAAAGCGGCGGCCGAGGGCCACGCUGCAGUCGUAGCCACCCUUCUGGACCGCAUCCCCCCGGGCCACUCCCUGCGCACGGGGGCCGGGGACCAGGACCCGCCG